AUGGCUAGCUCAAGCUCUCGCUUUCAACAGUAUCUAUCACCAGAAAAGGAAGAUGAGCUUCGGAAAAUUGCCAACACCAUCGUUAGCAAGCGCAGGGGAAUCCUGGCUGCUGACGAGUCAGUGGCUACCAUCGGCAAGCGUUUCGACACAAUUGGUUUGACAAACACAGAGGAGAACAGGCGCAAAUACAGAGAGCUCCUGUUUUCAACAGAUAACUCAAUUGCUGAUAGCAUCAGUGGUGUCAUUCUGUUUGAUGAAACCUUCAGACAGUCUGCUUCUGAUGGUACACCAUUUGUGAAGGUGUUACAAAACAAAGGUAUCAUCCCGGGUAUCAAGGUCGACAAAGGUGUGGUUCCUCUGGCUGGCACUCUCAAUGAAUGCACAACACAAGGCCUGGAUGGACUCUCAGAGCGUUGUGCUGAGUACAAGAAAGGAGGCUGCGGUUUUGCCAAGUGGCGGUGUGUCUUGAAGAUCUCCGAUCACACCCCCUCGUACCAGGCCAUGAUUGAGAAUGCCAAUGUGCUUGCACGCUACGCCAGCAUCUGCCAGCAGAAUGGAUUGGUGCCUAUUGUAGAACCCGAGGUGCUUCCGGAUGGUACCCAUGACCUCCAGACUGCACAGCGAGUCACAGAAGAAGUGUUGGCUUUCCAGUACAAGGCUCUGGCUGACCAUCACGUCUUCUUAGAGGGGACUCUUCUGAAGCCUAACAUGGUAACAGCUGGACAGAGCUGCACUAAAAAAUACACUUCCCAGGAUAUUGCCAGGGCUACAGUGGAAGCUUUGAACAGAACUGUACCGCCUGCUGUUGCAGGUAUCACUUUCCUAUCUGGAGGCCAGUCGGAAGAGGAUGCAACCCUUAACUUGAACGCCAUCAACCAGUACCCAGGACGCAAGCCCUGGCCACUCACCUUCUCCUACGGCCGUGCUCUACAGGCUAGUGUCAUCAAGGCUUGGGGAGGCAAGGAUGCGAACAUUAAGGCUGCCCAGGAAGAACUGUUAAAACGAGCCAGGGCAAAUGGAGCUGCAGCUGUCGGUGAAUACCAAGGAGGAGCAGCUGGAGCUGCUGGUGGUCAGUCUCUCUUUGUGGCCAACCAUUCCUACUAG